AUGUCAUGCAGUAAUAGACUUGUCUGGAGAAGAGUUUGCGAUUUGGUUGAUGAGGCACCAGAUAACGAAAAGGCCUGUAUCUUACGUAGAUACGUCAAUAGAGAAGAAAAGUUUGGAAAUACAGUGGACAAUGAUACCAGGAAAGCAAAAUCGUUCCAAAGCUCGCUUGAGAUAUUAAGGAUGUACACUAUUGUACGCUUUUGCCUGGUCAAGCAACAAACCAACGGAGUCAAUGGAGGAGAGCUGUGUCUGUUCCAUAGCUAUGCGGCUCAUAAGCCCAUUAUUGUCUGGUAUUGCUUAACCAGUGACUUGGAGGCGGGUGUGCUACGUAAAUUUAGCAAACGGGCGAAGGCUUUGAUAUCAGUUUUGAUUAAUGAAAUAGGUUUCCAGUUUUUUAAAGUGGAAAGGUCGGCUUUUAUAGGUAGCAGGGAUAAACAAGUAGAGCUCCAAGAUGGGGGAAAUAUACCAUGUAAAAGAGCACGACUAUAG